UUGCAGCUGUUGGUUUUGUUAAAUAUUGGCUGCACGUGGGUACCCCUCAGAGAAACCAAAAUAUUUUCGUUGCAGUAGUUGAAAAUGGGAAAAACGAGAAAGAGCAAAGCAAAAUUUGGAUUAAAAGUAAAUCCAAUUGGAUUGGAGGCAAACGAAGUGGACGAUUUUCUUAAUGCAUGUGAAGAGUUUGAAUCAUCUGGAAGUGGUCCUAUUGAAUCCAUUAGGGACCAAUUGCAGAAUGCUAAUAUUGAAGAAAAACUGAACGGACUUCAAUCAUUUGCGGUACUGACAGCAAGUAAGGACAAGGUGGCGGCCAUAUGUCAGAGCGAUACGGUGCGCAUAGCUGCUCCAUUGUUGUGCGAAAAAGACCUCUCCGUCCGUAAUGCAGCAGCAGGGGCUUUGCGAAACCUUUCAGUAAACGGGACAGAGGUAUGCGAUUUUUUAGUUGAACAGGACGUUCUCACGCCGUUAUUGGCACUGCUGGCAGAAUAUGCUCAUGAUAACGAAUGGAGACCGACAUUUGAUGAAAAUAUGUGCAACCAAAUGGAUUUACGGUCGGAUAUUUUUUUGCAAGCCAUUAAUUUACUGUGGAAUCUUUGUGAAAGUUCGUCUAUAGCAGUGGAUACCUUCAAUCAAACUAAUCUCAUGGGCAGUUUUAUCAGGUGUUUAGAUUUCAACGUUUUUGGAUUGGACAUUGCUGUAUCGGUCGCCCAAUGUCUUUUGGUAGUAACAGAGAAUAAUCCUAAAUCAUGGGUUGUACUAAAUGUGCAUGUACCAAAUUUUUUAUGCCUUCUGUCUCUGAAAGGAGAUUAUGGACAUGCGUAUCUGGGCACAUUGGCUGCUGGUAUCUUAAGUAAUGCUCCUGCUUUAGCAGCAUCCUAUUCAAGCACCAUACUAAAGACUUUAUCCGAAGUCUUGGAUACAAAUCAGCAGACCGCCUUAAAUAGUAUAAUUGGUUUAUCCGUUGAAGAAUCAAAAGAGAAUGCCCCAGAACUAGAAAUCAAUAUGGAUACCCAAGAUGAUGAGAGCGAGGAAGCUGCUGCAAACAGAAGAAGACGCCAAGAAUUGCCAACUAAAGCGGACUUGGCAGUCAGAAAUAUUGGCUAUUUGCUGGAUGCACAACGUGUUGCUGCUGAAGUCAUUACCAAUUUGUGCUCUCCCGAUGAUGAAGAAUGGUCCGAUAUGGAUGAUGAAGCUGUCUCUGAAAAUGAAAGUAUUGUCGAUUAUGAGUCGAAGAUGAGCAAUGGCAGCACCACAAAUCUAAAUGAAGGUGAUAAAUUGCCUUUGGAUAUAAUUGAAGCAAUUAAGUCUCUUGUGCUUGUUGAUAAGUUAUGGCAAAGGUCUCAGCCUUUGGAUACUAUUUUGUCUCAACAAUUGAGAGAUUCAAACAUAACUCUGUUAAUGAAAGCUAAAAAUUUACGAAUUUCCUCUUUAUUGUGUUUGCAAAAUUUAUGCAAUUGCUUAAACGCCGAAGAUUUGGGUGGACACAGUGCGAUUUACAAUGUUUGGGUGGAUUUAGGCCAACAAGUUUUCAAGGGAGCCAAGGAUCCAACGAUAUUAGAGCCAUGUACAUCACUUAUGCGAGCAUCCCUGGAGCACUUAAAAACAAAAAAAGGACUCUUCAACCAAAUGACGCAAAGCGAUUUGGAGCUCAUAUUAGAUGGCGUACGAAGUUGUAGCAUGCCAGAAAUACGUGCAAAUUGGCUGCGAAUGCUCGGUUCUUUAGGAUGCUUGUUAAACGAAGCCCUUGUAAAAGUAAUUGUUUCGUUUAUAGUGGAAACAUGCGCAAAAGAAGAUGAUGUGUGGACAAUUUCGGAAGCUAUUGACGCUUUAAUGGAUAUGUUCUCUGACAAUGAUUGGCACCAAAUUCUACUUGACCUGAACCUACCUAUUGCUAUAAAGGAGUUGGAGAAACAAUUCAAAACGAAAGUACGUUCUCAACGAAAAGAACUACGAGACCGUUAUCCCGCUGUACAGACUGUCCUUACUAAUUUGUCACGUUUCACCAAGUAUAUCGAAAAAGAAGCCUUAAAUUACACAAACGGUACUAGAAGUACCUGAAGCACGCAUUUACAUACGCCAUAUGUAAUUAAUUUUUUAAUUUUUAAUUCUUAUAAUUUUUACCAUUUUAUAUGAUUAAAUAAUUUAGCAACGACUUCUUCUAAAUGGCUCAAUGCUCACAAAUAAAAAUCAAAUAAUAAAUAAAGUUUCCACUUUAA